AUGGUUGUUAACUGCCAUUGCACCAAGUCCCCCACCUACCAAGUGUGCCAGAGGGUGUGGUUUUCCACCUGGGACCUACCCUUGUCAAUGCCUGUUACUCCCCAGGUCAUAUUCAUCAGAACACUGCUGUGCUGCCUCACUCUUCUCACUGUGAUGCUCAAUUUGUUGGUCAUCAUCUCCAUCUCCCAUUUCAGGCAGCUCCACACCCCCACCAAUCUCAUCCUCCUCUCUCUGGCUGUGUCUGACUUGUUUGUGGGCCUCGCAGUGAUGCCACCUGCAAUCAUCAGCCUGCAGUCCUGUGGGUUUAUGGGUAAAAUCACAUGUGCUCUAUCACACUUGUCGAGCUUCAUCCUUACCUCUGCUUCUGUUGGGAACAUGGUGCUCAUAUCAGUGGACCGUUAUGUGGCUAUUUGUGACCCUCUGCGCUAUUCCUCCAUGAUAACACUAAGCAGAGUUAAAAUCUGUGUGUCUCUGUGUUGGUUAUGUGCUGUUAUCUACAACCUUAUAAUUCUUAAAGAUCACUUUUCACAAAUAGAUUUGUCUAACUCCUGUGCUCAAGAAUGUGUAGUUGUUAUAAAUUACGUUUCAGGGGCAGUAGACUUGCUUCUGACCUUUGUAGGCCCUGUUACUGUGAUCAUAGUUCUCUAUAUGAGAGUGUUUGUGGUGGCUGUGUCACAAGCACGUAUCAUGCGGUCUCAAAUUUCAACGACUAAAUCAAAUACUGUGACUGGUAAGAAAUCUGAGAUGAGGGCUGCUAGAACUCUAGGUAUUACUCUUCUUGUGUUUAUACUUUGUCUCUGUCCAUACUAUAUUCCUUCUAUAGCAGGUCAGGACACCACAAAUGAUAAUUCAUCAGUUCAAAUCUGGCUUUUUUUUUGUAACUCCACUUUUAAUCCUCUGAUCUAUGCCCUUUUCUACCCCUGGUUUAGAAAAGCGGUUAAAGUCAUUGUCAGCCUUCAGAUACUGCAGCCGGGUUCCUGUGAGGCAAAGAUGAUGUAG